UCCCUCCUCCCACUCCGUGCUCAUCUGUGACGUGCUGGGUUCUUUUUAUAAGCGGUUGUAUGCGAGGAUCACCCCCAGCAAGCUCCCUCCUCAGUCCUGAGAAAGCACAAUCCAGAGCAUCCCUGCAGACAGCCACCUGCAAAGCAAGACCCGACCACAGUACUGAGGGACAUUGGACCACCGGGCAAUAAACAUGAGUGAAAUAUCUAAGAAUUCCUUAAAACACUUCCUGCUGAUGUUGGAUUGUCACUUUACUUGGAAUCUACAGAAGGAGGACAUUGAGGUACGUUAUGUAGAAGAGAGAAUUGAUGACCAGCUGGAAUAUCUGACCAUUAAAUCCAAAGUCACCCUUUUUAACCUACUGGCCUAUGUGAAACAUCUCAAAGGCCAAAAUGAAGAAGCUUUAGAAAGUUUAAAAGAUGCCGAAGAAAGGAUUCAGGAGGACUAUGCCAACCACAUAGGAAAGAGAAGCCUUGUGACCUGGGGAAACUAUGCCUGGAUCUAUUAUCACAUGGGCAGACCCCGUGAAGCCCAGACUUACCUGGACAAGGUGGAGGCAAGUUGUAAGAGGCUGUCAAGUCCUUUUCGCUACAAGGUGGAGCUUCCAGAAAUCGAGUGUGAGAAAGGGUGGGCUCUUCUCAAGUUUGGAGGGAGGUAUUACGACAGGGCCAAAGCCUGUUUUGAAAAGGCCCUGGAGUCGGAUCCUGAGCACCCUGAAUUUAACACUGGAUUUGCCAUUGUCAUGUACCGAAUGGAUGACUUUGAUAGAGAUGGUACAGAUAGUAAAAGUCUUUCUCUGAGCCCUCUGAAAAAGGCACUUGGGCUGGAUCCAAAAAGUACAUUCAUUAAGGUUCUCCUGGCACUAAAGCUUCAAGACUUAGGGUUAAGUUCCGAAGGAGAAAACUACAUUAAGGAAGCCCUCGACCAAGUAGCAUCAGAGCCCUAUGUCUUUCGCUAUGCAGCAAAAUUUUACCGGCGAGAAAAUAACCCAGAGAGGGCUAUUGAGCUCUUAAAAAAGGCCUUAAAACUAGUACCAACCUCUGCUUUCCUGCAUCACCAAAUGGGACUUUGUCAUAGGGUACAAAUGAUCACAAUCAAGAAGGCCACAUGGAACAAGCCUAGGGGAAGGGACAAACAGGAAGUCAACAAACUUAUCCAAUCUGCCAUAUUUCAUUUCGAAACAGCUGUCAGAGAGAAACCUCUGUUUGUGUUUGCUUAUUUAGACCUGGCCAACAUGUAUGCUGAAGCAGGAGAGCUCAAAAAGGCAGAAGACAUUUUUCAAAAGGUGCUGGGCCUAGAACAUGUCAGAGAAGAGGAAAAGCAACAAGCCCACUUCAAAUAUGGCCGUUUCCUGGAAUUCCACAGGAAAGUUGGAGAUCUUGCCAUGCACCAUUAUUUAGAAGGGAUAAAGAUAAAUCCCAAGUUUUGCACUCCACUUGUAAAGGCUUUGCAGAAUUUAGCUCUCAAACGGCUGAAUCAGAAUUCUUUUGAUGCAAAGAGUCUGGGGGCCCUUGCUUUGGUUCACAACCUCCACGGGGAGAAGAACCAAGCAGUAGCGUAUUAUGAAAGAGCCUUGAAACAGGAUCCUGGUAACAGUGAAUAUAUCAGUGCUCUGUUAGAGCUGCGCCUCUCCAUUUAAAAUCCUGCAUCUUCAAGUAUUUUUUAUUAUUAAUUUUUUUUAAAAUAUAAAACCCUUUAUGGGCUUUUAAAAAAAAUAUUACUUUAUACAUAUAGCAGACUAUAAGGCACAGACUUUGGUCAAAGGGGGAAUAUGUAGUUUUAGCCCCUUGCUGAGAAAACACAGGGGGCUGCUCUGAUUGGUCCCCAGGGACUGGCACUGCUUCCUGAUGAUUGGUUGAUUGAGGACCAAUAGACUAGAGGAAGCAUAGUCUAUAAGUAAGACCUAUAUGGCUCCAUCUACCACUUGGACUCUUUCCCCAUGUCUUCUCUUUUGGGGGUUCCAGAUCCAGGUACAGCAGGGUGGGGAAGUGAGGGAGGACAGGGCAUUCUCCACCACCACCUGGUUGUCAGGGGCAGCACUGGUAACUUGCAUAAGUCUUUCAUCUAAGAUUGAACCGUCAAUCAGACUAUCGACCAGUGUGAAACUGGGUUGAAAACAAACCCUUGAAAGUAUGAAAGAGAAAUUGUCUGAGAACUUUCACACUAUACCCUAAACCUAAAAAUAGUAAUAAACCUGGCCCCUAAGUUUAGCAAAAGCCAAAAGUUGCUGGUGUUCAUUAUAAAUGACCAAUUUUUAUAUGCCAUUUAUUAAAAAGUGAUAUUGAAUCUUAUAGCUAGGGAAAUACAAUUAAGGAUAAAAUCAAGCUACCUCUGAAUCUCUUAGUUUGAAAAAGAAAUAGCCUGAACCAUAACUAUGAACCAUAUUCAUAACAUGAAUAUUUGUUCCCAGAUUAAAACUAUAUUUUUAUCAAUUGAAAGUACAGAGAGGAAACAAAUUUCAGAUGUUGGGCCACGAGCAACAAAUAAUACUGUAUUUAAUCUAAUUGGGACCCCUAAAUAGGAACUGGGGUGUUUGACUUACUUUGUGGUCUUCAAUCAGAGGUACAUUCUGAGUCUUUCAGGGUAGCUUUUGAAAUGUUUUUCUUUUGACCGAGGACUUGAAAAAAGCAACUCAGAUCUCUUGGGAAUGUUCUGGGCUCUUUCAGCUUCCAGGUGCUUAGAGUGCGUUAGCUUCUAAGUGCUAUAGAGAGGCCAGUUGUUAAAGAGAUCUGGGAACCCAGAUGCUGCAUAACUCCUGUGUUCCUAUACCUGACUUUUGUUUAUGUCCCUUCUUUUGCUGGAAGACAAAUUUAUCUUCAUAACCAUGGUACUAAUGGAAUAUGUAGAAAGGAGAUUAAUUGCACUUUCCCAAGUGAAACUCUCAACAAGUGAGAAAAAGGGAAGCCAUAACAAGGAAUAGUUUUAUCUGCAGCCAAAAAAAAAAAAGUCUGGGCAUUGGGGGCAGAGAGGUGGUUCUGGCAGAUGGCAGGUAGCACCAGCAGUGAAGACAAUGAGUAUAGUCACUCUUGGAUUGCAGGAGUCCAAGCCUAAACAUUGCAGGAUUUGGAGGAGAAGGGGUGUGUGUGUGUGUGUGUGUGUGUGUGUGUGUGUGUGUGUGAAGUCUUAGAUUAGGGGAUGAGGCAAUCAGAUAGCUAUGUGGCAUCUGAUAGCAGUUACUGCCCAGAGGUGGAGGGCUCUUCCAGUGAAGAACAUGCUCAACCCCUCAAGAUGUCAGUGCCUUGGGGCAAAGCCCCUGCUUUCUACCUCCCCCAACACCAGUUAUAACUCUGUUAUCAAAUAGGACUAAUCUGUUCUUAGCUCCAGGCAAGGAUAAGGUAGGAAACACCUGACACUCUACUGCCUUCAUUCCUCCAUGUACACCAUGCCAACAUUCAAGGUCAUCACCCCAAUCCUGGCAAAGAAAAGACCCACAGGAGAUGUCCAGCAAUUCCACAAAAGGGUCUAGCUGACUACCAUACCAACCUAGAGACCUCAAUCUCAUUUUUCUUUCCCUUGCUGAAAUACCAAACCAAUUCGAAGAGAGAAAGUGAAUUUGGUCAAAGGAAAAGAGGUUAAAGAGAGAAAGAGAAGGACUUUAUGUGCCAAGGACUCAUGAGAUUGGGGGCAGGAGGAUAGAAGUUACUAAAGAAAGGUUGGGAGGGGGCAGUGAUCAGACCACCAAUAGGUUCAGGUCCCUCCUUAGUACCUGACCUCAUGCUAAAUUGUCUUGGUUACUUGCUGUCUGAUAUGCAUGUAUAUGUGUAUACACAUACAUGUAUAUACAUAAAUACACACAUAUGAAUGUACAAUACAUAUAUUAACAUGUAUAUACAUAUACGAACACACAUAUAAACAUGUACAUAUAUACAUAGAUGCAUACAUAUCUAUGUAUGUGUGUAUAUAUGUAUAUGUAUGUGUUUUCUCAAGGGAGAUUAUCAGCAGUUACAAGAUUAAAGUCAAAACUAGAAUUUUGGUUUUUCUGAGCUUUUGUGAAUUACAGAUUGCCAGUUCCAGUUUCUAUUAAAGUCCUUAAUAGCAGUUAUAAAACUUAGAAAGUGUUUCACAAAAGAACUAGAUCAGCCGUGCAUAAAGAAAUAGCAAUUACUUACACAUGCAGAGACUCAGGGCCUACAGCAAAACACUCAGAAGCAGUAAGAGAAUACAGCCAUGGUGAUCACCAGAACCUUGAGUGUAUUGCUCUUCCAGAGGAAGAAUGGAAAUCAACAAUGGUCCUUUGGAGAGGCUCCCCUCUGUUCAGUAUUCCCAGCUCUACCUGGAUCUAUAUCACUUUCCCUAGUUGGGUGGGAUUCCUUCAGAAUCACCUUCGUAUUAAAGCAGCUUCCUAAGGCAGCAGAAGGUCAUGGGCUUUAUAUAGAUGGACAGGGUCUUGCUCAAAUAUAUCUGCUUGAUUUCCCAUAUUUGAUGUCACAGGCAGGAAGAUGCUAAAUAUUGACUGAAAAAGAACGGAUGAAUCAAAUAAGGAAUAUAAGUAUAAUAGAUUGAUGAUAGAGAAGCAACCCUUCAAAUGUAAAUUGGAGUCUGACCACAUACACUUGUAGGUCACCCACCCUCAGCUGGCUUUUUGACUCAUAUAUUUACUUAUAUUCUCCUAAGUCCUGUAGGGAUCUAGGGACCUGUUAUGAUCAUUUAUUUCUCAUUAAUAAGCUUGUAAUCUCUUUUCAGUAAUGAAUAAUUAUCCCAAGCCCCUCCUUUGGUUCAUCAAAUAUUAAACAUUUUAUAAACUGGAGAAAUCUUCUUUCCCAUGAAUAAUUACUCUUGUUUCUCUGUAAUUAAAUAAAUAUUAAAAUCCUGAA